AUGCCUCAUAGCAACUGCCUCUUACGCAGGAACCUGGGGAAGGCCCCACCACUCUCGGCCAUUAUACAUGGCUCUAACCCUACAAGGUUUGAAGAUGGAUUUUUUUUGCCCAGCAGCUGCCACUGCAGAACCUGGCUCCUGGAUGACUUUCAAGAAACUUGCAGUGAAACUACCACCCACCAACUGACCAAUUGUGAAGUGGACCAGUUCAUAAGAAAUGCCUGCGUGCAAAGUUCCUGCCUUCCCAGAGUUGUGCAGACCACUUCUUCCAGUUUCAAGUCUGGCAAGAAGCCAGCUUGCCAAUCAGGAAGCUGCCCAGCCAAGCCACAGUGUGCUUCCCAGUUCCGCCAGUCAGGAAACAGUCAGCAAAGGGGGUAUGUGACCCAGGGCCACCAAUCUGCAAGCUACAAGGCCAGAAGUUGUCCACAAUCAACUCCUGAGUCUAAGAGUUGCCAAACUGUGGAGUAUGAAUCCAGCCAAUGCCAUUGUCACAUCCACAAUUCCAGCUCCUGUGGCCCUGUGAGCAAAGUUGCUCCUGGGCCCCAACUUCUGGAAGCUUCUAGCACUUCUGAAGGAACUUGCUGUGUUACUGGUGGUUUGCAAUCUCCCAGUAAGUGA